AUGCCUCGCUCUUGCCUUGGGCUCGAAGCCACGCCGCGCCGGUUUUCCGCCUCCUCCGCGGGUCGGCCGGCGCAGCCAAGCCCUGGGCACUCGCGCUGCCUUUUCUGCGACCUCGGACGCCUGGAAGCCCUGUUGGCUGUGCCCGGUGGGAAGCCUCAGAUCGUCCGGAUGCUUGGUGUGCCUCUGCUGCAAGAAGCCAACUGCCUUCUCAGAACGUUCGCACUACGUCAAGUCUCCCUCGACAUCUACGAGUGUGCCUUGGCACAAGUCGGCGAAAUCACCCCGGAUCUGGCGCACAUUGAGGAGCUCGUGGAUGCUGCCACUGUCUCAGACAGCACUGUGGCAAAGCGCCCGCGCAAGCGGCCGGCCUCACUCACGCCGAUUCCGUCGACUCAAAUAGAUCUCUCACCAAGCCCGCUGGACGCUGACUCGGACGUCUUGCCCGACUUUGACCUCGCACCUGGACAAGCUUCAGACGACGCCAAGACCGCUGCCUUCACUGUUUGGCCAGCAACGGAAGUGCGUGAUUUCCUUGACGAUGCGAGGACCUACAAGGAUGGGCUGGCCAAUGAAUUGGGCUCCGUCCCCACAAAAUCCUUCGUGGAGCUGCUGAAGCGUGUGCCUCCGGAGGUAAUGGUCCACUUUGACCGGCUGCAAAACCUCAUGGUGGACCUACGCAGCGAGGAGGGCACUGUCUGGAAUUCUCAGGCAAAGCUUCUUUGUGACGCCUUGCUCACGGUGGCUUCCGAGGUGGAUACGUGGUGGGCAACUCAGUCGUCGGCCGCACGCAGCUGA